AUGCACCUGCCUCCCUUCACCAGUUCACUAUCAUGCACCUGCCUCCCUUCACCAGUUCACUAUCAUGCACCUGCCUCCCUUCACCAGUUCACUAUCAUGCACCUGCCCCCUUCACCAGUUCACUAUCAUGCCCCUGCCCCCUUCAGUUCACUAUCCUGCACCUGCCCCCUUCACCGGUUCACUAUCAUGCACCUGCCCCCCUUCACCGGUUCACUAUCAUGCACCUGCCCCCCUUCACCAGUUCACUAUCAUGCACCUGGCCCCUUCACCAGUUCACUAUCAUGCACCUGCCCCCAUCACCAGUUCACUAUCAUGCACCUGGCCCCCUUCACCAGUUCACUAUCAUGCACCUGCCCCCCUUCACCAGUUCACUAUCAUGCACCUGCCCCCCCAUCACCAGUUCACUAUCAUGCACCUGCCCCCCUUCACCAGUUCACUAUCAUGCACCUGCCCCCUUCACCAGUUCACUAUCAUGCACCUGCCCCCCCAUCACCAGUUCACUAUCAUGCACCUGCCCCCCUUCACCAGUUCACUAUCAUGCACCUGGCCCCAUCACCAGUUCACUAUCAUGCACCUGCCCCCAUCACCAGUUCACUAUCAUGCACCUGGCCCCAUCACCAGUUCACUAUCAUGCACCUGCCCCCAUCACCAGUUCACUAUCAUGCACCUGCCCCCCUUCACCAGUUCACUAUCAUGCACCUGCCCCCCUUCACCAGUUCACUAUCAUACACCUGGCCCCUUCACCAGUUCACUAUCAUGCACCUGCCCCCCUUCACCAGUUCACUAUCAUGCACCUGCCCCCCUUCACCAGUUCACUAUCAUGCACCUGGCCCCCUUCACCAGUUCAUUAUCAUGCACCUGCCCCCCUUCACCAGUUCACUAUCAUGCACCUGCCCCCAUCACCAGUUCACUAUCAUACCCCCUCACAGUGCUUCAACAUAA